GUUGCGCAAAAACCGGCUACCUGAGCCAGGUGGGCGGGAGGCGUGCAGGCUGCUGGAAGGAGGCGGCUUGCACAGCCAGGUAUGUUGCGAUCCUUGGGGGUGAGGGGCGCAUCAGGGAUUGUCCCUUCAGUCUCUACAUUCGAGCCGUGGGCCAGCUCCUGCUCAGAGAGGGACAGCAGAUGGUGGGAGUUACACAGCCUUCCCUCCGCCCAAGCCUCGCCGCCUGAGUCUCCAGGAUUGCCUCCAAGUGAGGACGACCCGAAACCAAACUAGGGGCUUUCCCGGAGUCCUGAUCUACUUAAUCUUUGGGAGCCUGAAGGGAGGGACCGAGUCGGGCUACGGCAUUGGAAUAGUGACCAGAAAGGCUCAAGCGGAGCCGGGUAUCCAGCUGCCAACUUUGUGCCUGUAUCUGUCUUCUCGCCUCUGCCCUCGGGGUAUGUAACGGCCAUGCCUGUGGAUACGCUGAGCCCUGGAGCCCCCGCCACUCCCGCCCUACCUUUUCGCCUGCGAACCAAGGUCCCCGGCUACCUGCUACCAAGGCCAGCAGACGGGGGAGCCAGGAAACCGAGUGCUGUGGAACGCCUGGAGGCUGAUAAGGCUAAGUACGUGAAGAGCCUGCGUGUGGCCAACACCCGCCAAGAGCCUGUGCAGCUCCCGCUGGCCAGACAGCCCCUCUUCAGCCCUGGUCCUCGCGGCCCAGUGCUCACACCCAGCCGCCGAGUCCUGCCCUGUUCUGGCCGCCGGCCCCAACUGGACCUCGACAUCCUUAGCAGCCUCAUCAACCUGUGUGAUAGUCCUGUGUCCCCAUCCGAGGCCAGCCGAACACCUGGACGGCCAGAAGGAUCUAGCCACAAGGUCCCACCAGCCACCCCUCCUCGCCCGCCGCCUAGUACGGUUGCGGUACGUCGAGUGGACGUUCGUCCCUUGCCUGCUUCACCUGCUCGGCCCUACCCAUCACCUGGCACCACUACUACUUCCAGCCCGGGCCGGCCCCCUGGUCUGCAACGCUCCAAGUCGGACCUGAGUGAGCGCUUUUCCAGGGCAGCAGCUGAUCUCGAGCGCUUUUUUAACUUCUGCGGCUUGGACCCAGAGGAAGCACGAGGAUUGGGGGUGGCCCACCUAGCAAGGGCCAGCUCGGACAUCGUGUCUCUAGCCGGGCCAAGUGCUGGACCUUGCAGCUCUGAAGGGGGCUGCUCACGCCGCAGCUCUGCUACAGUGGAAGAGCGGGCUCUGGAUCGUGUCCCCUAUGGGGUGUCUGUGAUCGAGCGAAAUGCCCGUGUGAUCAAGUGGCUGUAUGGGUUGCGGCAGGCACGUGACCCUCCCGCCACUGAGGGCUAGGCCUCCUGGACUCAGGCUUCCCGGAAGGACAUCGUGAAGAGACAGUUGGCACUUUGUCCUUUACUGUAUUCAUUGGCUGCUUUCCUGCAGACCCAGAGACCCUCGGGUGAAUUUAGUGUAGAGGCCAAGACUAAGACUUAGACCUAGACUAGCAUCCUCGGCAAGCAAGGACUGCCCUGCAGGUUUGCUGUUGCCCUUGGUCUCUCCCACCCCCUAACAAGGUUUGUGACACAAGUGUGCUUCUGCCUGGUUCCUCGGGUGAGACUGGAUUUGGGCCGCUUACCCUCCACUGAGUUGGGAAUCAAGUCUGUCUGCCCCAGGCCUAUUUCCUUCUUCCCUGUCUGUCCUCCUUUGCUGACUUCCUCUUCCCUACCCAAAGGGCCCUGGUUUCCUGGGAACUCACCCCGGGGAGGAGGUCGAGAGGAUGAGGCCUGUCUGCUGCUCUUCCUGGUCUUUGGCAGUUGGCCGACGUGGGUAGAGACUAUAUAGGAGGGAUUGGUUAGGAGUCCGAUGCUCUGAAUUCUCUGUGGUUAAUAAACACAAAUGUUUGUUU